CUUAUUCUCUCUCUCUCCUCUUUUCCCUCUCUCUCUCCUUCAAUUUAGUCUGGUUAAAUAGCAGGGAUAAAAUAGUCAAAAUUAAAAGUUCAUGGCUGAAAGAACUAAAAAUUGUGAGUGGAAAAAUCCUGCCCCUACUUUUUUACCUCUUUUCUUCCGUACGGCCAUUUCACAAGCUGGUCCUACAGUCUCCCUCCUUAUUUAAACUUCUCAUUAGCCUUUCCAUUUUUUUCAGUUUAACCACCACUUUGGGUGGCAUAGCCAUUUCUCAGUGCAAAAUCCGAGCUCAAAAUGGCCGUGACGGACUUCUUCGCCGGCGAGAUAGCCACCGAGCUACUCAAACAACUCAUUACCAUCUGCAAGAAAUCAACCCUUUGCCGGACCACCGCCCAAGACCUCAUCAAUUCCAUCCAAGACCUCCUCCCCAUCAUCCAAGAAAUCAAAUACUCCGGCGUCGAACUCCCACCGCAACGCCAGCGCCAGCUGGACCUUAUCUCGGAGAAACUCCGAUUUGGGCUCGAGCUCGCCGGAAAAGUCAUCAAAUCCCCUCGCUGGAACGUGUACAAGAAUCUGCAAUUGGCGCGGAAAAUGGAGAAGCUCGAGAGGACGAUAUCUAUGUUUGUGAAUGGGCCUAUGCAAGCCCACGUUCUCGCCGACGUGCAUCACAUGAGGUUUGAUAUGGUGGAGAGAUUUGACCGAAUUGACGGGUCAACGAGGAGAUUGGAACAGAGUCUUGGAGCUAUGAAGAUUGGGGUGGUUGGAGAUGAAAAGGGGUGGAUUGGGGAAGCUGUGAAGAAAAUUGAGGAGGAAAAAGAGAUUUGCGGGCUGAUGAAUUUGGGUGCUGGGAUGGAGCUUGGGAAGAGGAAGGUUAAAGAGAUGUUGCUGGCGGAUAAGGCAGAUUUGGGUGUGAUUGGGAUUUUUGGGAUUGGGGGAAGUGGAAAGACAACUUUAGCUAGAGAAAUCUGCAGAGAUGAUCAAGUUAGAAGUAAGUCCCCUUUUUAAUUACUUCUUUUUCCGUUUUCUUACUGUUUCUCAAUUUCAAAGUUCCAAACUUUUUCUGUUCUGGAAAGUCCCUUUUAGUGUUGUUACAUAGGAGUAGUAAAUGAGCAUACUAUCUGUUUCUGCUAUAUGGAAUUAAGUUGUUCUUUGUUGCAAGAAUCUUAAAAAUUGAAGAAAAAUAGUUUAGUAAGUUUCAUGAUGUUUGUCCUUUCAGGCUACUUCAAUGAGAGAGUGUUUUUCCUCACUGUAUCCCAAUCUCCUAAUGUGGAGCAGCUGAGAUCACAAAUGUUGGAAAUGAUAUGGAGGGAUAAGAUUGAAGGGUCUGGAGCUGUGAUUCCCCAGUGGUGGGUACAAAAUGAGGCCAAAACGGCUGCUCAAACACUAGUGGUUCUGGAUGAUGUUUGGUCGUUGUCUGUGCUUGAACAACUGAUGCUUAGAGUUCCUGGUUGCAAAUUCCUAGUAGUUUCGAGAUUCAAGUUCCCCACGUCUGUUAUCAACUGCACAUACGAGCUAGAGCUCUUGAGGGAAGAUGAAGCCAUGUGCUUAUUCUGCCACUACGCUUUCGGACAAACCUCCAUUCCUCUUGGAAUCAAUAAGAAUCUGGUCAAACAGGUUGUUGAUGAAUGUAGAGGACUCCCCUUGGCUCUCAAGGUUAUCGGAGCUUCUCUGCGGGACCAGCCUGAAAUGUAUUGGACUAGUGCCAAGAACAGGUUGACACGAUGUCAACCUAUAUGUGAAUCCCAUGAGGUUCAAUUGCUGAGGAGGAUGAAGUUGAGUAUUGAUUGCUUGCCAGAGAAAGCCAGGCAGUGCUUCCUGGAUUUAGGAUCCUUCCCCGAGGAUAAGAAAAUCCCUCUUGAAAUCCUCAUUAACAUGUGGGUUGAAGUACAUGAUAUUGAUGCACAAGAGGCUUUUGCAAUUCUUGUCGAGCUUUCGAACAAAAAUCUCCUGACUCUGGUGAAAGAUGCUCGGUCAGGGGACAUUUAUAGCACAUAUUAUGAAAUUUCUGUAUCUCAACAUGAUGUACUGAGGGAUCUAGCCAUCCAUUUGAGCAGCGUUGAGGACAUCAACAAAAGGAGGCGAUUGGUCAUGCCAAGGAGAGAACAAGGGCUUCCGAAAGACUGGGAGAGAAAUGCAGAGAAUCCGUUCAAUGCGCAAAUCGUCUCAGUCUAUACAGGGAAAAUGGAAGAGAUGGACUGGUUCAAGAUGGAUUUUCCAAAAGCAGAAGUACUCAUCUUAAAUUUUUCUUCGGACGAAUACUUCUUGCCUCCUUUCAUUGACAACAUGCCAAAGCUUCGAGCUCUCAUUCUCAUCAACUACUCGACUUCCAAUGCAGUUUUACGGAAUCUGUCAGCGUUUGGGAACUUAAACAACUUGAAAAGCCUCUGGUUGGAAAAGAUAUCUUUCCCUCAGUUCCCCAAAACGACGGCACCCCUAAAGAAUCUUCAAAAGUUAGCAGUUGUUCUUUCUGAUAUCAACAACAACCUGGAUCAAUCAGUUAUAGACAUGCCAUUUCUCUUUCCAAGACUCCUGGAGCUCGCGUUGGAUCAUUGUAUCAAUUUUUCGACAUUACCUGCAUCGCUAUGCCAAAUGCAAUCACUCAGAAGCCUGAGCAUCACCAACUGUGACACCAUUCAGGAACUUCCAACAGAUUUGGGCAAAUUAAGUUCCUUGCAGAUUUUACGGAUAUAUGCGUGUCCAAACCUUAAAUGGCUUCCUAGCGGGAUCAGUCAACUCAUUUGGCUGCAGUACAUUGAUAUCUCCCAAUGUGUGAACUUGGGAUGUCUUCCUGAAGAUAUUGGUAACUGCAGGAGUCUGGAGAAGAUUGACAUGAGAGAAUGCUCAUUAAUCAAGACUUUGCCAAUGUCUGUCCAGUCUUUGCAAUCUUUACAGCGCGUGAUUUGUGAUGAAGAGGUAUCAUGGUCGUGGAAAGACUUGGAAAAAAAUGUACCAGGUCUUUGUGUUCAAGUUGCGGAGGAAUGCUUUAAUCUGGAUUUCCUUUCCGAAUGAUGGCCCUUUUUAGUGCGUCGAUUGGGUUGGUCAUAUAAAUGAUGUAAAUUCUUCCAACACUUUGACGUCCAUAACACUGGGGUAGGGAACACAGAAUUUUAGAGUUAAUAUGCCUCAUCAAUGUACAUAUUAAUGUAAAUAUCAAACCUCAAUAGGUUUUCGCUACGGUAUCAAUCAAGUCCUUGAUCACUAUGCUCACUGUUUCAACGUUGAUGAGAUUUGAACUCUCGAUCUAUUUCAAAAUAAACAGGAUUAGGCUUAAUCAAUCACAUCAAUGCUCGUCAAAAAAGUUGACUUUGAAUUGCAUUUACAAACCCAAACUCCACGUUUUAAAAUGCUAAUAUUAUACUAAUAAAUGAUAUGAUGACGUAAUGGGAAUUUGGAAGGAUCCAUGAGGGGGAAAGCAACAUCACGUUAAUCACGGUUCUUCAAAUAUUGAGUGCUAAUGUGAUGAGCAAAGUGUCUCAAUCUUGGAGGUAGAUUUCCUUUUUUGACAGAUUGUAGAAGAAUUCAUGGAAUCAGGCACUGAAAGAUAUACAAAAACGCGUGGACCCUCAAAACUACCAUAAUAGUACAUAGGUUGCCACUUAUAAUCCCAUCAUUUUCACAAAGACUCGUGACAAUGUCAAAUUAGUUUUGCACUUCUUUUGAUUCAGAAGUGUGAAAACUGAAGUUCAGGUUCUAGCUAAUCUUCAAGUAUGAUGGAACCAUUAACCUAACAAAGUGAAUUUUUUUUUUAAAAAAAAAGCAAUCAACUUACUAUAUUUUGAUCAAGUGUUGAGUUUGGUGAUUGACACACUUUUACAUCCACUUGAUAAAAGAUUCUCUCCCAAGUCAUCAUGGAGCCCGUUGAAAGACUUUGGAGUGAAGAUGGCCAUUGAUAUCAUCCAAACAGUGUCACUAUAACACCUCAUUGAUGAUUCAUGAUUGCGUUUCUUCCUUUUACUUUGACCCGGAAAGCAAUUGAAAUAGACCAGCCAACAAGCUGUACCAUAUAUUACAUAUGGGCUGCUAAGAUUGCCAAAACAUAACAAAAAAGGCCACUCACAAUAGGUAUGAAUCAGAAUUUUUUUUUU